UGGUCCCAUCCUCCCUCCGCCGGAAACUUUCAGAUCUGCCCAGUCCUGCCCAGAUCUGCACAAGAAGCCCUGACGUGAGUGAUGUCGAGCUGGCCACGCCCACCCAGUAGGCCAGCUUGGACACUCGGUCUCUAAAAGGUUCACCAUCACUGGUUUAUUGUCUCCUUCUUACAGAUGAAACAGCCCAAGGAUCCCCCACCCGUUUUCCCAGCUGCAAUCUGUAAAAGUGAAAGUUUUCAGCAACAACAAAGAGCCUUAUCUAUGUCCGGGCUUCGUGCCAAAUUUUCUUUAAGCGUAAUAAAUUGUAAUGCCAAGUUUCACCACUAUUUGUCGUUAACUUCUAUCUUCCAGCUUUCAAGUCCAAACUUAUUUCAGCAACUUUCCAAGUAUCUUUUCAAAAACAAAGUCUUAAAAAUACUUUUAGCCCCCAAAUUUGUCAAAGCUGUAUCUCUGUAUUAAAUCCAAAUUAAUCUUGUAGUUUUCUCUAAUUUUCCCCCAAGGAAAGUUAGAACGGAGCAGAAAUUAAUCCUUCUCUCUAUCAUAUGGGGGUAUUCUUUGCUUUGGGAAUUCUUUUUUCCAGGAAGAAGUUUUAAAAUUAUAAAGAGAGGAUUACGUUCUCAUCCAGUUCCAUCUGCGUUGUUCAGAGGUUGUUAAUUAGUGCUUAUCUUGGGUUGUUGGUGGCUUGGGUUGUUGGUGGCCACCUAAAUGCAGCCAAUCUUUCUCCUACCGGUUUGAAGGGUUCCUUGGAUCAAAUGGAAGGGCCACAACCCUCUGUGAUCAACGAGGGUCCCCUCCUUCGUCGACUCUCUGAGGCGACUUUAGAACUUUUUUAGGGUCCCCAGCAGAGUGAAAUCGGACAUAGAAAAUGGAGCCCCAUUUUCCUGAGCCCAUAACGCUCACAUCUAACCCAGAACUCCUUUUCUUCUAUAUUUCAGUCCAAAGUUAUAAGAAACAUUCAAUAGAAAUAAAGUCCAGAUAUUUUGUAAAUUAAAAAAAUACAGAGAUCCAAUGGUGAGAAUUAAAAAAAUUCUUCAUCUCCCCCAACAGUGGGGGUGGGAUCUAACUCCCCAUUCUUUCUCCUGAUGCUUGGAAGGCUCAUCUUAAUUUGGUGUUGUUUAAUAAAAAUGAAAUGGAACACUAGUUGCUUAGAUUUUAUUCUUGAAGAAUAGGAAAAGAACACAUAGAUAAUAUAAAUCCAUGAAGAAAGCCACAUAUAGCAUAGCUGUUUGCCUUGUGAAGCAUCUAGCAGCAAGAUGUGAGGUACAUUGAAAGUGAAAACAACUAACAACUUAUUAAGGUAAAAAAAAUGGAGACUUGUUAGUUAACAGCAUGUUCUUGGCAAACAAGUGGUGCAGUGUUCUGGAAAACAAGAAGAGCAACUUCUCUUCUGGAAGUUAAUUGAAAAACAGGCCAGUCACAGGAGAGAUAUCAUAAGUAGUGUUUGAUUCCAAGAAAAGGAGUGUUAAGGUCUUGUUGAUAAAUGGAAACAGUUUUAGAGGAUAAUCUGAGCUGAAGCAGCACAGCAUCACAUUGCAGAGCUGAAUCCAUAUGUCCAAGUGAUGUCAUCAACUGAUCCAUUAAAUGAAAUCACUGAUAUUUCUUUUUUGAAACAAUAUCAGUGUGUCAUAUUAACUGAGAUGAAGAUGUCACUGCAGAAGAAGAUUAAUGCUUUUUGCCAUACUCAGCACCCACCUAUUAAGUUUAUAAGUGCAGAUGUGUAUGGAAUAUGGGCACGUCUAUUUUGUGACUUUGGUGAUGAAUUUGAAGUCCUAGAUACCACAGGAGAGGAACCAAAAGAAAUCUUCAUUUCAAACAUAUCUCAGGCAACUUGUGGUAUCGUCACCUGCCUUGAUAAUAAUCCUCAUAAACUUGAAACUGGACAGUUUGUAAGUUUCCGGGAAAUUAAUGGAAUGUCAGCAUUAAAUGGAUCCACCCAUCAGAUAACUGUUAUAUCACCUUAUUCCUUCAGCAUUGGGAAUACUACAGAUAUGGAACCUUAUUUACAUGGUGGCAUAGCUGUCCAAGUAAAGAUAUCUAAAGUAUUUCAUUUUGAACCACUGGAGAAACAGUUGUCUAAUCCAACCUAUCUUGUUGCUGACUUCAGCAAACCUGAGGCACCCCUACAGAUUCAUAUUGCUAUGCUUGCUUUGAAUGAAUUCCAGGAGAAUUUUGCUCGCAUGCCAAACAUUGGAUGUCUUCAAGAUGCUGAAGAAAUGGUGAAGAUAGCUCUAUCCUUAAGUAAAAUCCUGGAAGGCAAGCAUCAGGUAAAUGAAGACAUUGUGAAAUGGCUAUCAAGGAUGUCUCAGGGCUCUUUAGCUCCUCUAACAGCUGCACUUGGUGGUAUUGCUAGUCAGGAAGUCUUAAAAGCAGUGACUGGAAAGUUUUCUCCCCUGCAACAAUGGCUGUAUAUUGAUGCAUUGGAAUUAGUUACAUUUCCAGAAAAAGCCCAUGAUGAAGAAUUCCUUCCAAGGGGAGACAGAUAUGAUGCCCUAAGAGUGUGCAUUGGAGAUUCCUUAUGCCAGAAAUUAAAGAAUCUGAAUGUUUUCUUAGUUGGAUGUGGUGCAAUAGGCUGUGAAAUGUUAAAAAAUUUUGCACUCCUUGGUGUUGGUACAGGCAGAGAAAGAGGCAAGGUUGAAAUAACAGAUCCUGACUUAAUAGAAAAGUCCAACUUAAACAGGCAGUUUCUUUUCCGGCCUCAUCACAUACAGAAACCUAAGAGUUGUACUGCAGCAGCAGCAACACGUAGCAUCAAUCCUGAGAUAAAGAUAGACUCAUACCUUAACAAAGUGUGCCCAGCUACUGAGAACAUAUACAAUGAUGAUUUCUACACCAAGCAAGAUGUAAUUGUAACUGCAUUAGACAAUGUGGAAGCUAGGAGGUAUAUUGACAGUCGCUGCCUAGCAAGCUUACGUCCUCUCUUAGAUUCUGGAACAAUGGGAACCAAAGGGCAUACAGAAGUCAUUGUGCCUCAUCUAACAGAAUCUUACAAUAGUCAUCGAGAUCCACCUGAAGAAGAAAUACCAUUUUGCACAAUAAAGUCUUUUCCAGCUGCCACUGAACACACAAUACAGUGGGCAAGAGACAAGUUUGAAAAUGCUUUUUCACACAAGCCUUCCCUGUUUAACAAGUUUUGGCAAACGUAUCCAUCAGCAGAAGAAGUGUUACAGAGAAUAAAAUCUGGGGAAAGUUUGGAAGGCUCUUUCCAAGUGAUUAAGUCCCUGGGUAGAAGACCAAGAAACUGGUCCCAAUGUGUUGAAUUGGCAAGAUUAAAAUUUGAGAAGUACUUUAAUCAUAAGGCUCUUCAGUUACUGCAUUCAUUUCCUAUUGAUACACGAUUAAAAGAUGGCAGUUUGUUUUGGCAAUCACCAAAAAGGCCACCUUUUCCAAUUCAGUUUGAUUUUAAUGACACUUUGCACUACAGUUUCAUACUGAGUACAGCAAAACUGUUUGCAACAAUUCAUUGUAUCUCUUUUACAGAAAAGGAUGUAUCACAGGACACUAUUUUCAAGAUAAUUUCUGGGUUACAGAUUCAAGAGUUUCGACCUUCUAACAAAGUUGUACAAACAGAUGAAGCAGUACGGAAACCAGAUCCUAUUCCUGUAAGCAGUGAGGAUGAAAGAAAUGCUCUUCUUCAAUUGGAGAGUGCCAUCUUGGCCAACAAAGUUACAAAAAAUGAUUUACAGAUGAAGGAACUUAACUUUGAGAAGGAUGAUGACAGUAAUGGCCACAUAGACUUUAUUACAGCAGCUUCCAAUUUGCGUGCCAAAAUGUAUAACAUUGAACCCGCAGAUAGAUUGAAAACAAAACGUAUAGCUGGAAAAAUUAUCCCUGCUAUUGCAACUUCUACAGCAGCUGUAUCUGGCUUGGUUGCUUUGGAACUGAUCAAAGUAGUCGGUGUCUGCCCAUUUCAAGCAUAUAAGAACUGUUUUUUCAACUUAGCCAUUCCAAUAAUUGUCUUUACAGAAACAGCUGCAGUUAGAAAAACAGAAAUAAGAAAUGGGAUAUCUUUCACAAUCUGGGAUAGAUGGAUUAUUCAUGGGAAAGAUGAUUUCACACUCUUGGACUUCAUAAAUACUGUCAAAGAAAAAUAUGGAAUUGAACCAAUCAUGGUUGUCCAGGGAGUCAAAAUGUUGUAUGUACCUGUAAUGCCUGGCCACGUUAAACGAUUAAAGCUGACGAUGCAAAAACUUGUGAAGCCAGUGGUGAAUAAGAAAUAUGUGGACCUCACAGUGUCAUUUGCUCCUGAAAUAGAUGGUGAAGAAGACUUGCCAGGACCACCAGUUAGAUAUUAUUUUGCCCAUGAAAAUAACUGAAACAGGUCUACUGUUUACAGCCUAGUAGGUCAUAUGAAUUGAGCAUGGCACUGUCUCCUUUUUAUAAAUGGUACUGUAUACAAAGCCUUAAUUCAGAACUGAACAGUUGGAAGAUGGUGAGCUCUUCUGAGAAAUCCUACAGCAAAAUAACUUGUAACAUUGUAAGGAAAUUUAAAGCUUGCUCAAAAAUAUUGCUGUUUUUUGUGGAAAAAAAUAACUUUUAUUACUAUCUGCAAAAAGAUCUGAAAGGCAAAUAUAAAAUCUGCACUGAAAACAGGAGCUGAGCAAUCAAGACUGGAGAAACUGCACCAUGUUCCAAAUGAUUAUUUUUUUCUGCUGUUUUUUGCCACUGCAUCAUAAUCCUGAACCCAUCUAUCCUAUAAUGUUCCAUUGCAUAUUGACCCUGUUUUCAUUGUAUAAAAUGCUUUUUAAUAAAAUAGGAUAAAUUAUAGCUAAGAAAAACUAAAGUGGUAAUGUUGGUUUACUUUAUACUUACACUAGAAGUAGAAUAUUCGAAACAAUAUUAUGUGAAAAAUUGCGGAUAUUUGUAUUUAUUUCCUAAAUAUUUGAUUUUCAUAGGUCCUUUACAUAUUGUUGUUGUAAAGAACUAUGUAUAGAGAAGACUGAUUUGAUCCUAAUUGAAAAAAGAAUUAAUAUGCUUUUAAUGGAAAUAUAUUUUAGAGAACUUUGAAAUUUGAGUUUAGCUGACAGUACAUUAUCCAUUACUAGGCACCUGUUUUAAACCUCAUUCACUCCUAAAUAAAGUGUGGCUCAAUCUUUCAUAAUAAUAAAAGGGACAUAUAGAUGCAUACUGCCUAUUCAUUGAUUUCUUUCCUACAGACUCUAAUUCUUAGUGUAUUAAUAUUGAACUACUGAGCUUCGGUAGAAAAAUAACACUUAAUGGGAUAAUUAGUAGAAAAGUAAGCUUUAUUGCAAAAAAUAACUAAGCCUUGCUAAAACAUUUUUGUGGUUAAACCCACAAGCAGCAUCCCACUAUUAUAUAAUUAGGAGUGAUUCACAUUUAAUAUAUCCAGUUGUUGAACUGUUUUAUUGCAAUCUCUUUGGCGGCGGAGUUUCUUAUUUUUAUGUAAAUCCCCUAGCUUUUGAAAGUUUUAUAUUGUUGCUAUCAUUUAAUAUGGAACUUGCAAUGCUUAAGAUGAAAACCAAUAGGCUUAAACAUAUUAGAAAUGUGAGUGAUUUUCUCCUUUGGCCACUUUUUAAUGUGGUGAUUCUGUAAAGUAUUUGGAUAUAAGCAUGUUUCAGCUUAAUAAGUCUGAUUGCAAACAGUCUAGACAUGUAAAGUUAAACAUUAAAUUUAUUAGCAGAGGACAAGAAAAAUAAUUUAGUUCAGUAAUCGGCAACCAAGAUAGCUUCCAGAAUGUGUGUUUCAACCCCUGAAAACCUCAGCAAUAGUUAUAUUAUGUAGGAAAUUCAGGGAAUUGAAAUCUUCACAUCUGGAGAGCACCCACAGUAAAACAAAAACAAAAAAAAGCAGGUUUGGCAUUGUAUGAAAAAGUACAGAAGCAUAAUUCAUUUUUGUUUUAUGUAUGUAACCUGAAUAAAUUAUUGCCCAUUAUAUAUUGUU